CUCAGGUGGGACAUCAUCACUUGGGAAGCUCCCCUUGAGCAAAACGAACAGUGCGCAUGCGUGGAACAUUCGCUCACUGGUGGUGUAGCUAACUGCUAGGCUACGGAUCCAGCCAACAUGGAGAGAAAAGUUCUGGCACUCCAGGCGAGGAAGAAGAGGGGCAAGGCGAAGAGGACCAGAAAAAAGCAGCCAGGCAAUGCCAGAGCUCGACAGCCAACCCAGCAGGAAGUCUCACCUCAGGAACCUGAAGAACCUGAAGAGAUUCUGGGAUCUGAUGAUGAGGAACAGGAGGACCCCAAUGACUACUGCAAAGGUGGCUACCACCAUGUAAAAGUAGGAGACCUUUACAAUGGAAAAUACCAUGUGAUCCGGAAACUUGGCUGGGGACACUUCUCCACGGUGUGGCUGGCCUGGGACAUUCAGGUGAAGAGGUUUGUUGCAAUGAAGGUGGUGAAGAGUGCCGAGCACUACACAGAGACAGCAGUGGAUGAGAUCAAACUACUCAGAUCUGUACGAAACUCAGACCCCGAUGAUCCCAAACGGGAGAUGGUGGUCCAGCUGCUAGACGACUUCAAGAUCUCUGGGGUUAAUGGAACACAUGUCUGCAUGGUGUUUGAAGUGUUGGGGCAUCACUUAUUAAAAUGGAUAAUAAAGUCCAAUUACCAGGGGCUGCCCCUGCCGUGUGUGAAGAGCAUCGUGAGACAGGUACUUCAAGGUCUGGACUACCUGCAUACAAAGUGUCAGAUCAUCCACACUGACAUCAAGCCAGAGAAUAUUCUGAUGAGUGUUGAUGAGCCUUACGUCCGCAGGCUGGCAGCUGAAGCCACAGAGUGGCAGAAGGCUGGAGCUCCUCCCCCCUCAGGUUCAGCAAUCAGCACAGCGCCUGCUCCCAAACAGACUGUAAAAAUGUCUAAGAACAAAAAGAAAAAGUUAAAAAAGAAGCAAAAGCGUCAGGCCGAGCUGCUGGAAAAGUGCAUUAUGGAUUUGGAGGAGAUGGAAAAGACCACAGAGGCUCGAGAUGAGGAAGACGAUGAAGAUGAGGAGCCACAGUCACCAAAGGGGCGAGCCUGUGCCCCUCUCAGACAGGUGUCGCUUCAGGAGCUGGGAAAUGAGGAAACGGAGGAUACUACAGAGAGCUGUAUGACUGCAGAUCUAAUGAGGACGGGACCAGAAGCAGUGUCAGAGGUGAACUGUAAUGGCCAUGUGGAGGUAGACCUGAGGCAAUCCCAAUGGAGGGAUGAAGACCAACACAAUGGCAAUGCAGAGCCAACAGAGGAACAUACCAGUCAGGAGGAGCAACACAAAGAGUCCCCUGUCCACGCCAUCUGCAAUGGAGUGGAUGCAGCAGAUCUUGAGGAGCUGGACGUUGAAGACACUGAAGAUAGGGGUGCCCACAGCAGUGAAGUCACGGAGAGAUGCCUUAGUGCUGGGCUGGAGGAGGAAGAGCUAGAGCAAAGCAUCUUACAGGAAGAGGGGGAGGACUGUCAAUAUACAACUGAGGAUGGCCUGAGAGACAGCAAACUAACAGCAGGGUCCCUGCUAGUUAACCCCCUUGAGCCACUCAAUUCAGACAAGAUCAAGGUCAAGAUUGCUGACUUGGGAAAUGCCUGCUGGGUGAACAAGCACUUUACAGAAGACAUCCAGACGCGACAGUACCGCUCCUUAGAGGUGCUCAUUGGCUACGGAUACAGCACACCGGCUGAUAUAUGGAGCACAGCCUGCAUGGCCUUUGAGCUCGCCACAGGGGACUACUUGUUUGAACCACAUUCUGGAGAAGAUUAUUCCAGGGAUGAAGACCAUCUUGCUCUCAUGAUUGAGUUGCUUGGUAAAAUCCCUCGUCACUAUGCUCUGAGUGGGAAAUACUCACAGGAAUACUUCAACAAGAGAGACCAUAUAGCGCUGAUCAUUGAGCUGCUUGGGAGUAUCCCACGCAAACUCAUAAUGACCGGCAAAUAUUCCAAGGAUUUUUUCACCAAGAAAGGUGAAUUGAAACACAUCACCAAGCUGAAGCCAUGGGGCCUGCUGGAGGUGCUGGUCGACAAGUACGAGUGGCCCCGUGAAGAAGCAGAGUGCUUCACAGACUUCCUGAUUCCCAUGCUGGAGCUGGUCCCAGAAAAGAGAGCCACGGCUGCUGAGUGCUUACGCCAUCCUUGGCUCGCCCUCUAGUGGAGACUUCCAGCCUCUGCACCUCCCUUUCCUCUCUCUCUCUCUCUCUCCAGAGACUGCAACAGAUCACUUUCCAGUUUGGGCAUAUCAGAUGAAUAUUUAUUUCUCUUUUCGUUCGUUGUUUUGGAUUUCUUACGUUCUUUGUUAUUGAACUAAUGCUUCUGUGUACGUUUGUAUUUGUUGGUUCUUCUCUUGGUGUGACGACGUCGGGAAUCCAGUGGAUUAUAUUACUUUGUGCUCAUGUUGGCUCCAACUGCUGUGCUCCGUUCACCCACCCAACUAAACAAACCUGUUAUUGUACUGCUAGUGACUCAUCCUUGUUUGUUACACUCCUGCACUAAAACACAAACAAAUCAAGGAUAUGUAGCCUUUAUCUGUCAUCUUUGUCCCCUUUAAGAGGACCUGCUUCCACUUCUUUUCUCGUACAUUUUCAUUAGUGCUGUGUUGUUUUUUUAAAUGGAUUAUUUUAUCUUAUAAACACAUGUAAGGUAUAUAUUUUGUAUUUGUAAAGUAGGCGUAGGAAGUUGCACACUGGGCUGACAUUUACACUGACUGUGGUGAUAGCAUUUCUGAGGAUAGACACUCUAGUUUACCUGAAACAUCCACUGUCUGAUGAAGUAGGUCAUUAUUUAGACAUAACAAACCUGAUGUUGGUGUAGGUUAGUUAGUUAUAAUAUAUGAGAUCUUUCUUUCUCAUGGGAGGCUGGUAUUCUCAUACACCGAUCACAAUUCAGGAAUAUAGUGUUUUCAAAGGUUUCAACAAGACAACAUGUUAGGAAGCCCAAUCGAAAGGAAAGAAGAGGAAAUAAACUGUAUAUAUCUGUACCAAAGAGUUUGCCUUUAUGUAUAUUACAGUUAUGUACAGUUUUUAACAAAUCUUAUAUCUUAGCUAAAAUUAUUUAGCUGGGUAGCUGUGUUUUAAUAAAGCGUAUGGAAGAUGUGUUCGAGCUCAGUUGUACGUAUGGCCAACUGUCCAAUAAUGUCACUGUUUUUAGAAAUGGUGAGAUCUGGUGUUACGUCAUGGUGUCCAAAAUUGAUCAUAUCAAAGUAAACUAUCUGUUCAAGUCAACGAAAAAACAAAAUUUACAUCAGUUUCAGAUUCAAGAUCUUAGAUUUUGUGUGAGCUGUCGAUUAAAAAAAAAAAAACUGUACUACACACCAUACAAUAAAA